AUGGCUUUUAUAUUACUUUAUGUGGAUGACAUUUUGCUAAUCACUUCCUCUAAUGCUCUCCGUGACAGAUUUAUGUCUCAACUUUCACAAGAAUUUGCAAUGACCGAUCUCGGACCGCUCACUUAUUUCCUUGGCAUAUCAGUCACCCGCAACAAAAAUACCAUGUUUCUUUCUCAAGAAAAAUACGCCAAAGAAAUACUUGAACGAACGGGUCUUGCGGAUUGUAACCCAGCAGCCACACCUGUCGAUACCCAGCAAAAAUUGAGCGUUAACACCGGCACUCCGCUGGACAAUGUCACGGAAUACCGAAGUCUCGCUGGUGCAUUUCAAUAUUUGACUUUCACCCGACCCGAUAUCUCUUAUGCCGUUCAACAAAUAUGUCUUCACAUGCACUGCCCAACUACUUCCCAUAUGCAUGCUCUUAAACGUAUUCUUCGAUAUAUACGUGGCACAAUUCAUUACGGGUUACAUCUUCAACCGGCUCAACAAUCUUCUCUUGUCGCUUACACUGACGCCGAUUGGGGAGGCUGCCCCGAUAUGCGACGUUCAACCUCGGGUUAUUGUGUCUAUAUGGGAGACAAUCUCCUUUCGUAG